AUGGCGUUGAGUCCGUUGCGGCAAGACAAGCGCUGGGCGUCCGUUUCGGAGAACGGCCGACGGAUUCCGAACCGUUUUUGCUCUACCGGAGUGUCCUUUGUGAUUUUUUUGUGCACAUUGCUGACUGUUUCCCUUCGGCUCGUAGCGCCCGCCACAGCCAUGGGAAAGUCGAAUGUAUGCACUUACGAAGGCAUCCCGGUUCUUCUGCGUAUAAAGAAGCAGGGUGAGGCGGUCACGUUCAAGUGCGGCGCGGUCCAGCCCUAUGUUCUUCCUGCGAAAGUCGAGCAACACUACACAUCGUAUUGUCGAGACUCACUAUGCAUGGAAACGUCCCCCCUCAGCGGUGUCACCGUAACCGCAACCCCUGGAGACUUGCUGGCGGACACCGAGUACAAAAUUACUGCCUCUGAGGCCCUCCCUGAACGGCCCUACACAAUGUACUUCGUUUGCACGUCGGAAAAUCCCGCAGGGGAUGUGAAACAUCGACAUGAAAUGACGGGUGUGGAACCGUUUGCCCUAUAUCAAGAAAAACGGUGCCAGGUACAGGUUUCCGUUUGGGGAGCGACGCCGCCCGCGGAGUUUGAUUCAAAGUAUGAAUGCGGAUCUGAUGUGACACACGUCGCCCACACGAUUGAUGAGGCCGACUCGUCGUUCACAUUUCGUUGCGGCCCGGACAGAUUUCUUUCUCCCGGCAUCUUGGAUGUAUAUGUAGAGCCACCAGGGUACGUGGACAUACAUUCCUUGGACACCAUGCUUCCUUACGCGGAUCUGUACGAGCAUCAAUCCUCUACUUCGGACGUCACUCCCGCGUACACACUUAGCGUCAAAAAAUUGCAGAAAAAAAGAGAGAGGAAACUGGGCUACCUUUGUUUGCCAGAGUCUAUGGAUGCUCAAAUAUGCAAUGUGGUGAUCACUGUUAUCAACACCAACUAUGACCCUCAAACAGGCGUGGACAACGGGGUUUCAGACCAUGCGUCGACUCUGCCUGUUUUUGUCCUGGUUGGAGUGGUGUGCCUUUACACAGGUUGGGCAUACAGUGGUUAA